CUUCGUUAACAAAUCCUAGGCAUGUUCCGCCCACUGUUCAUAAGAAUCGCUUGCCUUAUUCCAGGUUUAAAAAUGGCGGAUAGGUUGACGCAGCUGCAGGAUGCACUGAAUUCGCUUGCAGAUCAGUUUUGCAAUGCCAUUGGUGUUCUCCAACAGUGUGCUCCACCUGCUUCAUUUAACAACAUUCAGACUGCACUGAACAAAGAGCAACCGACCAAUCCCACUGAAGAAUAUGCUCAGCUUUUUGCAGCUCUUAUUGCCAGAACCGCAAAGGAUAUAGAUGUCUUGAUUGAUUCAUUACCCAGUGAGGAAUCUACUGCAGCAUUGCAGGCUGCUAGUUUGUACCAGUUAGAAGAGGAGAAUCAUGACGCUGCGGCGCGCCUUGAGGAGGUUGUAUACAGAGGGGAUGUGCUGCUGGAAAAGAUACAGACUGCACUUGCAGAUAUUGCACAGUCCCAGCUGAAGACCCGCAGUGGAGCCCAUACUCAGCCUGUUACUGAGUCCUAGCAGCAGGGGGCAGCAUGGUUCUUUUUCUGACAGAAUCAGAGCAGCAGAAUACAGUAGCUCUGUUAAUAAGAGACUGUCUUUCGUCAAUUUUGUGAUUUCUAUGGAAGCCCGAAUGCUGGAUUUUAAACAUCCUUUACUUUUUACUGAUGCCAAUACAGUGUUUAAGUUAAAACUGCUAAUUAGCAUCAUCCCUGUUCUUUCCAUAAUUGGAUUUUGACACUAACGAAUGUGUUUGCAGAGUAUUAAACCUAUGAAGGGAUCCACGAUAUAUUUAUAUUUAAUAUAA